AUGACCUCCAAUCAUCCACAACCUCGAGAUGCUGCUCAGGCAGUGAUCCCAUGGCCCAUGGUUCCGCCAUGGCCUGUAUUGAACAAGUGGGGCCUCAAGGCUGGAGGAAUAUAUUCCGUGCUCGUGGCCCUGAUGGCUGGCAAGGCAGAAGUAAGAUACAACGCUGCUAUGGUACAGCCCCCAAUGAUAGCAGAAUUCAUCAGGGAACUCGGAUUUGGAGCUGUGCUGAUGGAAAAUGCUGAUGAAGGGGAUGGGGUUCUGGAACUCAUUGUGAGAGGAAUGACAUGUGCUUCCUGUGUGCAUAAAAUAGAAUCUACCCUUAUGAAAACCAGAGGGAUCUUCUACUGCUCUGUGGCCCUGGCCACCAACAAAGCGCAUAUCAAAUAUGAUCCAGAGAUUAUCGGCCCUAGAGAUGUUAUCAGCACUAUACAAAACUUAGGUUUUGAAGCAUCCUUAGUCAAGAAGGAUCGAUCAGCAAGCCACCUUGACCAUAAGCGAGAAAUCCAGCAAUGGAAACGAGCCUUCCUCGUGAGUCUGUUUUUCUGUAUUCCUGUGAUGGGGUUGAUGAUUUAUAUGAUGGCUAUGGAGCACCACCUUGCUAGUGUUCACCAGCAUCAAAACAUGAGUGAGGAAGAAAUGGCUAGCCAUCAUUCCUCGAUGUUUCUGGAGCACCAGAUCCUGCCGGGGCUGUCUGUCAUGAAUUUGCUGUCCUUUUUAUUAUGUAUACCUGUUCAGUUUGUUGGAGGCUGGCACUUCUACAUCCAGGCGUACAAAGCCCUGAAACACAAGACCGCUAACAUGGACGUGCUCAUUGUACUGGCGACCACCAUUGCAUUUGCCUACUCUGUGGUGAUCCUCCUGGUUGCUAUGGUUGAGAGAGCAAGAGUAAACCCCAUUACUUUCUUUGACACUCCACCUAUGCUGUUCGUGUUCAUUGCUCUGGGGCGCUGGCUGGAGCACAUAGCAAAGGGGAAAACAUCAGAGGCUCUUGCAAAGCUAAUUUCACUACAAGCUACAGAGGCAACCAUUGUAACUCUAGACUCAGAAAACAUCCUCUUGAGUGAAGAACAAGUGGAUGUGGAACUUGUACAACGAGGAGAUAUUGUUCGAGUGGUUCCAGGAGGCAAAUUCCCAGUGGACGGUCGGGUUAUUGAAGGGCAUUCAAUGGUAGAUGAGUCCCUCAUCACAGGGGAAGCCAUGCCUGUGACCAAGAAACCAGGCAGCUCAGUGAUUGCUGGGUCCAUUAACCAGAAUGGGUCACUACUCAUCAGAGCAACCCAUGUUGGAGCAGAUACAACCCUAUCCCAAAUUGUCAAGCUCGUGGAGGAAGCACAGACAUCCAAGGCUCCCAUCCAGCAAUUUGCAGACAAACUUAGUGGCUAUUUUGUUCCUUUCAUUGUUAUCAUCUCUGUUGUUACCCUCUUGGCCUGGGUAGUGAUUGGAUUUAUUCAUUUCGAAGUCGUGGAAACCUAUUUUCCUGGCUACAACAAGAGCAUCUCCCGAACUGAAGUGAUAAUCCGAUUUGCCUUCCAAGCAUCCAUCACUGUGCUAUGUAUAGCCUGCCCCUGUUCUCUGGGCUUAGCCACUCCCACUGCUGUUAUGGUGGGAACUGGGGUUGGAGCUCAGAAUGGCAUCCUGAUCAAAGGUGGAGAGCCCCUUGAAAUGGCCCACAAGGUAAAGGUAGUGGUGUUUGAUAAGACUGGAACCAUAACCCAUGGGACCCCAGUGGUGAACCAACUGAAGGUUUUAGUGGAAAGUAGCAAAAUAUCGCGCAGUAAGAUCCUGGCUAUCAUGGGAACUGCUGAAAGUAACAGUGAGCACCCACUGGGAGCAGCAGUGACUAAAUACUGCAGACAGGAGUUGAACACUGAAACCUUGGGUACCUGCACAGAUUUCCAAGUUGUCCCGGGCUGUGGCAUUAGCUGUAAAGUAACCAAUAUUGAAGUUCUGCUCCAUAAAAGUGACUGGCAAGUUGAGGAAAAUAAUCUUAAAAACACAUCCUUGAUGGAACUUGAUGCAAAUGAUGGACAACCAGGUCAUUCUUCAUUGAUUAUUGAUGCCCAGGCACCCACUGCUUCAGAUUCUCAGAAGUACACAGUUCUCAUUGGGAACCGUGAAUGGAUGAACAGAAACGGUCUUGUCAUUAAGAAUGAUGUGGAUAGUGCGAUGAUUGAACACGAGCGGAAAGGCCGGACAGCUGUGCUGGUGGCCAUCGAUGGUGUGUUGUGUGGGCUGAUAGCUAUCGCUGACACAGUGAAGCCUGAAGCAGAGCUGGCUGUCCAUACACUGAAAUCUAUGGGCUUAGAAGUUGUUUUGAUGACUGGAGACAACAGUAAAACUGCUAGGUCUAUCGCCUCCCAGGUGGGCAUUAAAAAAGUUUUUGCUGAAGUCCUUCCUUCUCACAAGGUUGCUAAGGUGAAGCAGCUGCAAGAGGAGGGGAAGCUUGUAGCAAUGGUAGGAGAUGGAAUCAAUGACUCGCCAGCACUGGCUAUGGCUAAUGUUGGAAUUGCCAUCGGUACUGGCACAGAUGUAGCCAUUGAAGCUGCUGAUGUGGUUCUAAUAAGGAAUGAUCUUCUGGAUGUGGUAGCAAGUAUUGACUUAUCAAGGAAGACGGUCAAAAGAAUUCGAAUAAAUUUUGUCUUCGCUCUGAUUUAUAAUCUGCUUGGAAUCCCUAUAGCUGCUGGUGCCUUUAUGCCCAUUGGUUUGGUUUUGCAGCCCUGGAUGGGAUCAGCCGCCAUGGCUGCCUCAUCAGUUUCAGUGGUUCUUUCUUCAUUAUUGCUCAAACUUUAUAAGAAACCUACUUAUGAGAAGUGUGAACUGCAGCCUCACUACCAGGUAGCUCGGAAGAGUCCUUCAGAAGUUAGCGUUCACAUCGGCCUGGACGACACCUCCAGAGACUCUCCUAAGCUAGGUUUGCUGGACCAGAUAGUCAAUUACAGCAGAGCAUCAAUUAACUCCCUGCUCUCAGAUAAGCGUUCCCUGAAUAGCAUCGUUUUGAGUGAGCCAGACAAGCACUCACUCCUGGUUGGAGAUUUCCGGGAUGAUGACGACACUUCCUUGUGAAAAAGCCCAGUCACUGCUGCUGGCCAGACAGACCUCACCUUGCACUGAUGGAACUAAGGUUUUGGGAGUAAUCUUAGUCUUGUCAAAAAUCACCUCGCAAGGAUUUGGGGUUGGUCUUGCAUUCUGAGACAUUGACGGGAGUGGGGGGGUGGAAUGGGGGGCCAGGGGAUGUUUGUCUUGUGAGAAAAGUAUCUUUUUUGGAAUAUCAACUUUGAAGCUAUUUGCGUCUGGUUUCAAUGAUCUUCAGUAUUUUUGGUUUAACCUGAGAAGGUAGAACAGUAAUGGAGAUUCACAUAAGCCUCCAAGUAUUGCUGUUAACUGGUUAGAUGGUUUGGGGAUUUGAUGAGACGCCUCCCCAAACAACAACAACAACAAAAACCAACAGAUAGCUUAGGAAGAGCAUAUCUUUGAGGAGAUGGGCACUGAAGGGGUGGUGGCUGAGAGCUGCUUUCUCAGUUGUAUAACCUGUGUGAACUGUGACUCUCAUGGCUAAGCACAAGGCCUGGGAAAUGAGGCAGGAGAAAGGAAGGGAAGCAGUUGGAGCCAUUCAUGUGAUACUAGUUGUGCCUUAUUUGCAUACUUUUCUCCAAGAAUCUUUACCUUCCAAGCUGUUAGCACCUAGCUUUUGGUGAGGCAGAGCAUUUCUCUUUCUUGAGUGAGCUGGACUGGGUUGGGCUGGGUCAGGUCAGAUUGGGUCAAGUUGAGUUAACAUAACUGACAUCCUUUUUUGCUAGUUCUCUCUUGCUCUUACUUCCUGGCCCUCUGGAGUGAAGGAACUGAAAGGAAAUUGAAGGUUUCUUUGUCUCACCACACUCCCACCCUUCUAUUUUUCCAAAGAUAUCAGUUAGUUCAGACUUCAAUUUUAACCCUGCCCUGUACAAAUGUGAUUCAUGGAUUGUACUGAGAUCAGUUCCAAGGAGCCACUCUCAGUAAAAUCACAAUUACCAGCAUCUAUUUUAGCUUUGUCUUCACUGAAUUUCCCCCACAUAUUAACACUGCUUUAUGUCGUGUGUAUGUGUGUGUAUAGAUAUACUUAUAUAUGUAUGUAUGUCUAUAUGUAUGUGUGUGUAGUUAUAGAUAUACGUAUAUAUAUAUUUAUGUCUGUAUCUGUGUGUAUGUCUUGUAUACCUUGAGCUUUUUUAGAAAAAAGUACAUAGCUCAUAGUAUGUAUUAUUAGUUAUCAUUUAAUAGGUUAUCAAAUUUCUUUUAGUGCUUCAGAUAACCUACCCAUGUUACUUUAAGUGAAUGCCAAUAGUGUCAAAUUGCUUUUGUUUUUUCAGUCUUUGUUUCUAUGAAUUAAAAUGUAGAAGUUAUUCUUUACCUAGAGUUACACUUAUUAACAAACCACAUACUCUUUCCCUCUAGUUUGAGAUGUUUACACUUAAUAGUUUAGUGAAGAUGGUAGGUUUAAAGACUUGUUUAUUCCCUCUGCCAUGUGGGCUAAGAAUUUCCCCUGUUACAUGAUCAGUAACGAGGAAGUGGGUCAGAGGUUUCCAUUGGUAUAACUACUUAUGUGUCUUUGUUAUUUGCAGGGUGUUGUUUUUGUAGAGACUACGUGUGAGAAGAAUUCAUAAAUGCUCAGUUUUUUGAUCCAGUUAUUUAAAUGUUUCAGCUUGAGCAAGAUCAUAUAGCUAAGGCAACUUUGUGGAACAGGAUCCAAAAGCAGCCUAAAGGGGAAACAUCAUUCAUUCAUUCAUUCACACUCCCUCUCCCCUUCUCCACACAAAACAAGACUUUUCAUAUGUCAUUUAAUGUUUUUUUCUGGAUUCAGAGGAAGUCUAAUUUGUAUCUUAUGAUCAAGAGACAGAGCUAAAAUUUCUAUGAAGGUGCUGUUAGUCUAGAAGGGCAAACACUCAUUUUAGGGAAAGAUUAACGAGCUUGUGUGUCUCAACUCUUAUUCUAGCCUCCUCCUGAUGCCAUCUUCCACAUGUCCAGGUUUAGUUGUGAGGUUUCUUUACCUAAUUUCAGUAGCUUUUUUGUGUGUCAUCCUUUUACUUCCAGAAAUUGCUUCUAGGGAGAAGCAGCAAAGGUGGAAAUACAAAAUAUUUUUUCUUCUGCACUCCAGAAUCAAUUUUUUUUCAAAGGAAGCUGUCUUCCCUGAAGAGAUUUGGUCAUAGCCAGUUAGUAUUUCCAGUGCUAUCUUUGUCUGUGAAAUUGUCUUUUGGAGCCAGUGGCCACACUCUGGGUUGGUGGCCAUGUUUGCUGGCCUGGGAAGGAGUCACUGUCAUUAUUUCGGAAUCAUGGCUUUGCUGUGAGAACACAAAGCUUUUUUAUUCAGGACUGAGUCUUGCUUUGCAUCUGCAGCCACAUUUUGAUUCUCUCCCAUAGGUCUCUUCUGCAAGUCAGGGGUCCAUUGGCUUCAGACUGGGUUGUGGAGGGGAACAAAAUGAUUGCUUACAGCUUGUAGCAAGUGGUGUAAGAACAAAUAUAUUUUUUUAUAUUCAGAAUUCAAACAGAUUUAUAUUUGUUUUUGAUAUUUGAAGUUCAUUAUUUGUUCUAUUUUCUGCAUCCAUUCAACAGACCAUACAUUUAGAGUUUGAGGAUAACAAGUGCCCUUUGGUACCCAGGACUUAUUUAGACUGAAAUAUGGGCUACUUCUAGUCUUAAAUGUCUGGAAGAUGCCUUUUGCAUUUAGAAGUCUACAGUGUAGGUAAUGUGUUCUAGAACAGACCAAGGAAGUGUGGCUGUCUAUUGUGAAAACAAGACUUUCUUCCUCGCCUCCCAAACUAUAUGUGUAUUGUGAUUUUGCGUCAGCCUCUUUGAAAGUUAAAUAUGCUGCUUUGUGAACAAAUGAUUUUAUUUUACAAAGGUCUCCAGUUCACGUGUACAGAAUGGUUGAAGUAGCACUAGAUGAAAUGUUUUUAGGAGUAUACAUGUGUAAACAUUUUUUCUAUACACAUUUUGUGAUGAAACAGCUUGCAAUCAAAGGAUUUUUAAUUGUUAUGGGAAAUCGUUUUAAUUACUUAUAGUUCAAUAGCUUGUAUUAGAUUUGAUUAUUUUUCUUAAUAUUUAUUUUACUGUGUUUUGUCAUUCUCUGUAGGUGAAAAAUGUUCGUGAUUUGUUUACUCUCCAAUCCUUCAUUGGACAAUGUUGUGCAAUGCCUGUCUCUCAUACUGUUUAUAGCUCAUUUGCUCUCUUUGGUCUCUUUUUUUUCCACAUGCAUGUAAUCGAACAUAUUUCUGCCAAGGAUGUGCCUUCAACUUUGUAAUUACAGUGUUG